AUUUCAAUCCAUUUCAAAUAAACAAAAGUAAAAAAAUUUUGAUAAUAAAAUUCGUAUUCAAUUAAUUCCAACUAAACUACAAAAAGAAAUAAGUAUACCGCUAAAUUUACAUCAAAAUCUCCCCCCAUACAUCUAGCGAAAAAGAAAUAAAAUAAAAUAAAAUAAAAUAAAAGGAAAUAUGUCUGAGCUCGAGGAACUCAAAAAAGAAUUUGCUUGUUUAAUGGAGGAAUUGGAAUGUGUUCAUCAGCAGUUGAACUUUCGCGAGAAGUCCAUUGCUACGGAGUGGAUAAAGAAAUUGAAAAAGGCAACUGGUUCGGUGGAAGAUUUGAAAUUGAGUUUAGAUUUCAUCGACUACUUUGUGAACUGUUGGAAAUGUGGUAUAUUCAGUUCGGAGCCUUUCAAUAGAGUGCCACAACCAAAUGUGCCUUUGCAGAAGUUGCGUUAUAUGUUGCCGCCGGAUCAUAAAAUUCGUAGCGUUGAUGCCACAUCCGAUGAGCAGCGUAAGCUCUAUGUUGAUGAAAUGUUUGAGAAUAUGGCAGACAGAGGCGCAUUUCUCUCCGAACAGCCGGUGCCAUUGGAUGGUACAUUCUUUUUGGUGUUGAUAAAUCAAAAAUAGAAAUUUCUCUACAACCAUUUUGAGGUUAGGAAUUUUUUAAAGAUUUAUUUUUGCACAAAAUAUAUAGAUAUUUAUACUGCAUUUACAUACACAUAUAUAAUUGUUG